GGGGGGGUAUACUACAAAAGUACCGAAUAAACGAAGCACGAGGAUAAACCCUCAAUAAAUCUACUUCGACUGUUUUCUGCGUGUACGGAACGUAGAUUUAGCUGCAAUUUGUAUGAAACAAAUGUCACAUUUUUACCUUGCUCAGUGGAAGUGCUCUCGCUCGGAUUACAGGUAGCAGCCGAUGGAUUUUUACGCUUCGGCUAACAUAAAAAAUUCCGGAUGUCCAUGAUUUGCUUUGGGCGGAAAUGAGAAGCUGUGCACUGCGACUGCGCAAACUUUCGGAACCAAAGGGCAAAUGCCGCCGCCCAAUUAGUUCAAUUUGCCGCGGAUGUAACAUAAACAUUAGUCAGGUCAUUUGCAUAUUCGUAGUGCACAUGCGCCUCAAACAGUUGCGAUUAUAUAGGUCACAUAACUAUGUUUAGAACUUCGGAAAACCAACAUUUCAUGGAGUAAACAAGUGGGAGGCAAGUAAAACAUCGAUUGCUGGACUUGGACUUUAGACUGUCUUUCUGAAAUGGCGGACCCAUUAGAUCAGCUUGAGUUCAACCUUACAGAACUUUUGAGAGAUUACAAAGACACCAAAGAGGUCUUGAGAGCACUUCAAGCUUCGGUUGAUGUCUUCUUUCUUUUCACUAUGUCUAUCAUAAUUUUCUUCAUGCAGGCAGGGUUUGCCUUACUGGAGUGCGGAGCAGUAAGAAGCAAGAACACCACCAACAUUCUCAUCAAGAACAUGCUUGAUGCUUAUAUAUCAGGAAUAGCUUACUGGGGAUUUGGAUACGCGCUUGCGUUUGGUGAGCCGGACAACGCAUUUCUAGGAUGGCGCUACUGGUUCAGCGAGGGCAUCCCUGACGGAAAACUAAGUCACUGGUUCUUCCACUUUGUGUUCGCAGCUACCGCUGCCACCAUUGUCUCAGGAGCCAUGGCAGAGAGAUGUGAAUUUAUAGCUUACUUCUUCUAUAGCUCCGUGAUUACAGGAUUUGUCUAUCCGAUUGUAACCCACUGGGCGUGGUCAGAGAAGGGUUGGCUGGCAGUUGGCUUUGGCGGCGUGGGGUAUCAGGACUUUGCAGGAAGCGGCGUAGUCCAUCUGCUGGGUGGGACUGCAGCGUUAGUUGGGGCAGCGUUUCUUGGUGCCCGCAUUGGUAGAUUUGAUGAUGACGGUACACCGAAACCUAUCUCCGGACAUAAUGUGCCUUUGGCUGCGUUAGGUGGAUUCAUCUUGAUGUUCGGAUUUUUCGCUUUCAACGGAGGUUCGCAGGCCUCAGUCUCCAAGUCAGGCGACGGUUUAGCUAUAUCCCACGCCAUGAUGAACACCAUCAUCAGUGCCAGCUUUGCUGCCUUCACCGCACUGUUGGCUAAAAAAUUUGGUCCUGCUGUGUACUAUUGUGAUCGCCAUAGCACUGACGACUGGAAGUUAUUGAGCACGAUUAACGGUGCUCUAACCGGAAUGGUUGCCGUUUGCGCUGGCUGUAACGUGAUGGAGCCGUGGGCAGCUUGUGUGUUGGGUCUGAUCUCCGGCAUCACGUACCUGCUCUGGAGCUGGGGUGUGGAGAAAAUGAAAAUUGACGACCCCUUGGACGCCGUAGCAGUACACGGUGGCGGUGGGCUCUGUGGUCUUCUUCUGGCUCCUAUACUGAAAAUAGACGGGAUAAUCUACAACCCUAGCAACACCGAAGCUUGGUUGGGUUUUGGCGUAAAUAUGCUUGGCGCUGUUGCGAUCAUUUUCUGGACAGCAGCCAUCAGUGCGAUCAUUUUUGGAUCCUUAAAGGCAUUUAAGCUGUUAAGAGUCGAACAAGAACUCGAAAUAAGAGGACUGGAUGUCCCCAAGCACGGUGAACCUGCCUACCCGUCUGAGGCCUGGGGAGACGGCUGGAGCGCUGGCCACAUUAACGCUAAAGGGAAAAACAGGAUGAACAGUUCAGGUGGUCUGGAAACCUUCGUCCUUCCUGUGGUAUUGCCAGGCCAAGAGGGUGAUGAUAAAAGCGGGACUAGGAAAGAUAGUCAGGUUAACUUUAACUUGGAAAACAGCGACGCAGAUGGUUACAGCAAUGAAGCAUUUUCGGAGAAAGGGGAAAGCACCAAAUUUUGAUAUGCCUCUUCUGAGCGUAAUUACAUGCAUGGCGCGAAUCGACACUGAAAUCUUUUUUUUUAAUUAACUGAAAUGUUUAUUGCAUCGGCGACAGUCCAACUUGGAAAACCAUAGAAAGAGUCACAUUAUGAAGAUAUGGGGUAGUGGCAGUGCGUAAUUAUGGCGUAGUUUGCCACACCUCUAGCCGCCGGUGAACUGCUUUUGUUAUUUUUUCCUUAUUCCUUAUUUUAUAUAAACUAAAACAUAAUUAUAGAACUGCUCAAAGUAGAUAAGUAUAUUCUCUAUGUACAUUAUCAGGUAAUUUAACUUUCAGAGAGUGUUUUUUUCCUCUCGUUUUUUUU